AUGCCUUCCACCCUCCAGACCAUCUCUGCCAUCGCGGCUGCCGCUGCUCAACCGCCACCCUCGUCCUGCCCGAGGUCCCUACCAACAACAAGGGAGACGCUUCCCUCUGGCGGCAUGGGCACAUCCAACGGCGACCUGAUCCAGUCCAUCUCGGACAACUACAACUCCGACAAGUGGUCCAUCUUCGCCUACACCCUCGUGUCUCUGGGUGAGGGCAACGGCCAGACUGUCGUCCAGGACGACACACCCACCGAGGCCGGUGCCGGUGACGAGGUCACCAUGCACUACAAGUUCGACGACGCCAGCGGCAACUACACCCAGACCGUCAGCAUCAACGGCGAGGUCGUCUCCACCCUGUCCACCAGCAGCGGCAAGGCCCAGGGCUGGGGCUCUUCCGUCGAGUGCGCCGCCGAGGACUGCGGCACCAUGCCCGCCCACAAGUGGACCGACGCCAAGAUCAUCCUCGACGCUGCUGAUGCCAGCUACGACAAGACCCUGGGCCUGGGUGAGGGCGUCACCGGCUCCAUGACCACCAGCGACGGUGGCAAGACCUGGGAGAUUGGCACUUUCGAGAUCCCCGAGUUCACCUUCGGCUCGUAA